GGAGCGAAUGAUAAAUAGAAUACAGAAAUCUCUUUUUUAGUGCCACACAAUUCAGGCUCGAGGAAGCCUAACACGGCAGCAUCGUCAGUCUUCGCAUACUCGCUCACGCCCGUCGCCUGCACUCCGCCACUCACCCUUCGGCCAAUCGACCCUUCUCAAUUUUCACUCCGCCACUCACCCUUCCGGAUUUUUAUUCAAUUCCUUCAGAAAGAGCAGUGAAAAAUGACACUUUCAGAGGAGGAGAUCACGAGACUAUUCAGGAUCCGAAAGAUAGUGAUGGAAAUGCUUACAGACAGGGGCUACUUGGUAGGAGAUUUUGAGAUAGGAAUGUCAAAGCAUCAGUUCAUUCAGAAAUACGGUGAGAACAUGAAGAGAGAGGACCUUGUCAUCCAAAAGGCGCUGCGCAAUGACAGUUCUGAUCAGAUAUAUGUUUUCUUUCCUGACGAACCAAAGGUCGGUGUUAAGACAAUGAAAACAUACACAAAUCGCAUGAAGUCGGAGAAUGUUUUUCGUGCAAUAUUAGUAGUCCAACAGAACUUAACUCCUUUUGCUCGGACAUGCGUAAGUGAAAUAUCUACAAAGUUCCACUUGGAGGUGUUCCAGGAAGCUGAGUUAUUAGUCAACAUAAAAGACCAUGUUCUUGUUCCUGAGCACCAAUUGCUCACUGCUGAGGAAAAGAAGACCUUACUGGAGAGAUAUACUCUCAAGGAAACUCAGUUGCCUCGCAUUCAGGUGACUGAUCCGGUUGCCAGAUACUACGGGCUAAAGCGUGGCCAAGUUGUGAAAAUAAUCAGACCAAGUGAGACAGCCGGUCGUUAUGUCACUUACCGAUAUGUUGUUUGAAUGUGGUACUAUUGUUGGGUUCUCGGGUGAAAUGAAAUGAGAAUACUCGCCGGGGCUUCUAAAUCUGCAGCAGUGUGUUCGGAUAUAGCUUGCAUGUACUCAGUACUUGUAUCUCUUGUCUUACGAUUGGUUUCAUUGAUAUUUGUUUUUGUCUUGGAUAGUCUUUGAGAGAAUCAACUAUGAAGAAUGAUAAAAAAAGUUGGUGUUUGUAGAUUUUAGCUCAAUUUCAAGAAGCUGUAGGCUUGCUUGAUCAGGGUGAUAGAAAUUUGAUUCAGCUGAAUGUACUUACUUGAAUCUCUCUCUCCCUGGUUUAGAAUUCUACUCUUAUUGAUCUCCUUCCUUGUUCAAGACUUCAUGGUCAACAAAUCUGAAUCACCAGGGAGAUGGUUAUAUCAAGAACUGACAUAAUUACUCUGAUCGGUUUAUUCAUAUAAUUGCGGGCAUGCAUGCGGUUUGCCAUUC